GACUGAGCUGCAGACGGUCAGAGACUCCAUCAGUAAGCAGGUCUCUGCAGUCCUACAGCUGUACGAGCAGAACUCAGACUCUCUGGACCUGUCUGUGAUGACAGAGCGAUGUGCCGCCGCCCCGUCCCUCGCCGACAUGCUGGAGUGGCUUCAGGAUGCCGAGCGCUUCUACAGACAACAGUUCCUGCAGAGGAAGACUCUGCUGCAGACCCUGAGGCUGGACCACCUCCACCUGCUGGAGUCUGCUCCCAGAAGAUGGAAGUCUCUGGAUUGUCCUGGUUCAGACCAACAGAUCACAGAUACUCUAUGCAGACUGGCCUUCUUCAUGGAGUCUCAGUACCCGGGUCCAACCUGAACCGGUCCUGACUUCUGACCCACAUGGACCUCUGCAGGAGGACCAGGUUUACCCAGGAGAUAAACAAGCCUCAAAUCUUUUCCUGGAUGGAAACCUUCUGCA